UUUUUCUCUCCAAAUUUUGUUAAACUCCUUUUAGCAACUACAACACCGUAAAUAUCGCGAGAUUGUUCGAGGGAAUAACUUCAUGUUCGUAGUCCUGAACAUGGCGACGUCUAAUUUGCUAAAGAACAAAGGCUCCCUCCAGUUCGAGGACAAGUGGGAUUUGAUGCGUCCCAUCGUUCUGAAGCUGCUCCGUCAGGAGUCAGUCACCAAGCAGCAGUGGUUUGACCUCUUCUCAGACGUCCAUGCAGUAUGCCUAUGGGAUGACAAGGGACCGGCCAAGAUCCACCAGGCCCUGAAGGCAGACAUCUUAGACUUCAUCAAGCAAGCACAAGUGCGGGUUUUGAGUCACCAGGAUGACACAGCACUGCUGAAGGCCUACAUCGUGGAGUGGAGGAAGUUUUUCACACAGUGCGACAUCCUGCCCAAACCCUUCUGCCAGCUGGAGAUCACGCUCAUGGGCAAGCAGGGCAGCAACAAGAAGUCUAACGUAGAGGACAGCAUCGUACGGAAGCUCAUGCUGGACACAUGGAAUGAGUCCAUCUUCUCCAACAUCAAGAGCAGGCUGCAGGACAGCGCCAUGAAGCUGGUGCACGCCGAGCGCCUGGGGGAGGCCUUCGACUCUCAGCUGGUCAUCGGCGUCAGGGAGUCCUACGUGAACCUGUGCUCAAACCCAGACAAUAAGUUGCAGAUCUACAGGGACAACUUUGAGAAGGCUUACAUGGACUCCACUGAGAGAUUCUACAGAACACAGGCCCCCUCCUACCUGCAGCAGAACGGAGUACAGAACUACAUGAAAUACGCAGACGCCAAGUUGAGAGAGGAGGAGAAACGGGCGUUGCGCUAUUUGGAGACGAGACGUGAAUGUAACUCUGUACAAGCACUGAUGGAGUGUUGCGUGAACGCCCUGGUGACGUCCUUCAAGGAGACCAUCUUGGCCGAGUGUCCAGGCAUGAUCAGGCGAAACGAGACAGAGAGUGAGUACGGCCGGAGCGCUCCCGGCACCAAAGGCUCGGCCAGCUCAGAGCUCCAUCUCAUGUUCUCUCUGAUGGACAAGGUGCCUAGUGGCAUCGAGCCCAUGCUGAAGGACUUAGAGGAACACAUCAUGUCUGCUGGGCUGGCCGACAUGGUGGCCUCCGCCGAGACCAUCACCUCGGACUCUGAGAAGUACGUGGAGCAGCUCCUCACCCUGUUCAACCGCUUCAGUAAGCUGGUUAAAGAUGCCUUUCAGGACGACCCUCGCUUCCUCACAGCCCGAGACAAGGCUUACAAAGCAGUUGUGAAUGACGCUACUAUUUUUAAAUUGGAACUUCCGCUGAAGCAGAAAGGGGUGGGGCUGAAGACUCAGCCAGAGUCCAAGUGUCCAGAGUUGCUGGCCAACUACUGUGAUAUGCUGCUGAGGAAAACCCCACUGAGCAAGAAACUUGCAUCUGAGGAGAUCGAGGCCAAGCUCAAGGAAGUGCUGCUGGUGUUGAAGUACGUGCAGAACAAAGACGUGUUCAUGCGCUACCACAAAGCCCAUCUGACCCGACGCCUUAUCCUGGACAUCUCCGCUGACAGCGAAAUCGAGGAGAACAUGGUGGAGUGGCUCCGGGAGGUAGGCAUGCCUGCUGACUACGUGAAUAAGCUGGCUCGAAUGUUCCAGGACAUCAAGGUGUCCGAGGACCUCAACCAGAACUUCAAAGAGUGUCACAAACACAACAAGCUGGCCCUAUCAGCGGACUCUGUCAACAUCAAGAUCCUGAAUGCGGGGGCGUGGUCGCGGAGCUCCGAGAAGGUGUUUGUGUCACUGCCCACCGAGCUGGAGGACCUGAUCCCCGAAGUGGAGGACUUUUACAAGAAGAACCACAGUGGCAGGAAACUGCACUGGCAUCACCUCAUGUCCAAUGGCAUUAUCACAUUUAAGAAUGAGGUGGGCCAGUACGACCUGGAGGUGACCACAUUCCAACUGGCUGUGCUGUUUGCCUGGAACCAGAGGCCUCGGGAGAGGAUCAGCUUUGAAAACCUUAAGCUGGCCACGGAGCUGCCUGAUGCCGAGCUCCGACGCACCCUCUGGUCCCUGGUAGCGUUCCCCAAGCUAAAGCGGCAGGUGUUGUCCUACGACCCAGUGGUGGGUUCGCCCAAAGACUUUGCAGAGGGCACCCUCUUCUAUGUCAAUCAGGAGUUUUCACUAAUAAAAAACUCCAAGGUCCAAAAAAAAAGGGGGAAGAUUAACCUAAUUGGCCGGCUUCAGCUCACCACAGAGCGAAUGAGGGAGGAGGAGAACGAGGGAAUCGUCCAGCUCAGGAUAUUGAGAACACAGGAGGCCAUCAUCCAAAUCAUGAAGAUGCGCAAGCGGAUCACGAACGCCCAGCUGCAGACAGAGCUGGUCGAGAUCCUCAAAAACAUGUUCCUACCUCAAAAGAAGAUGAUCAAGGAGCAGAUGGAGUGGCUCAUUGAGCACAAGUACAUCAAGCGGGACGAGACGGAUCUCAACACCUUCAUCUACAUGGCGUAACGGUGGUGAUGACGUAUAACGGUGGUUCUUCAGGCCUGAUGGACAAUAAAAUAUUUCCAGGCCUGAUGGACAAUAAAACAUUUCCAGGCCUGACCGUCUUAGAGAAAAAUAACAUCUUUGCAUCGUGGGGUUUCAACCCUGAUGGACAAUAACAAUAUUUUCAAGUUGACCUUUGAUAAUUUGUUUAUCUAUUCAUGUGGGGAAAUAAAGACUUGAUUUAGGA